UUUAUGUAAGUUGGAUAUCGAAUGAAUAUUGCACCCCGUGGGCAGCCUCUUAUUCCAGAAAAAGCUGGCAGUUUGUGUAUAACCUAGUUUGCCAAUAGUGAAGGGUACAUGUGUCUGCAAGGAUAAACUGUUGUAGUCGUUUUAACAAGAAUAAGUGGACGAAAAUAAAAUGGACGAACGUGUCUUUACAAAGUUAAUAGUUGUGUUGAUUUGUUGGAUACAGUGUAAUUAUGCGACAUCAACUACAACGAUAGUAAAUAUGGACAAAAGAAGUAGCCCAGAAUGUGGGAAAGUGGUUGUGUUGGAUCCAUCACAUGAAGUAAGACUGCUGUCGAAAGGUCUGGCACCAAAUGGAUACUGUGGUGUUUCUGUGUUUACACCGAGAGAAAAGGACGGUUACACGUGUGAUGCAAUUUGCUUUAAGUAUAAAAAGGCAUCUAUAAGCACAUGCGAGGUCAAGGUCAAAUUGAUAGGUCACAAGUUCCGGAAAGCAGGAGAUUUAGUAGAGGAGUACAAUUGCCACCAAACGGAUAAAGAUGCUCAGUGUUGGAACGUUGGUUCUUUGCGACUGGAAGUAAUUGAAACAUACAACUAUGCAUAUGUGUCACAGAAACCGCUCUAUGAAUUUGACAUAGAUGUCUCGGCAAGGUGCACCAAAGACAAGGUCAUUGGUCAAAGUGAAGCGUACUACGCCUCUAAAUCUGGUUCUGAAAAAGAUGAGCACCAGACCUACGUUGAAGGUAUCGCUGUCGGCAUUUCCUUGGCAUGUGUGUUCCUUAUCGUGCUGUUCAUAGCGUGGUGUUACACCAAGCACCAGGCGGUUUCCAGCGGGCCAUCGUCGUCGUCGGAUAGAUCUUCCCGACCGUCUAGCAGCAAUACCCAUAAGAAAGGCAAUAUUAUAUCAACAUUCCGCAAGAAACUUCACAUCAGACGAAAAUCUGCUCAAUCAUCAGACGAACCGGAAGCAGUUUAUCGUAAGACAGACACUUCCGCCGAAGCACAAAUUCCUUCUCGUGAUUCAGAUGCAACUAUUCCGCUAACGAAAGAGUCUGAUCACGAGACGUUUGAAUUAGCCAAUGAAACGCUUGCUGAAGGAGACAAAAAUGACCAAGCAAGUGAAAAACAUGGCGGCGAAGAUUCCCCAAAAGACGGCGGUGCAGAAGGGUCGAAACUUGAACCACCGGAAGUAGUGAUCGUACCUGGAACGCCUGAACCGCCAGAAGGGAGUGACGAUUAGAUAAACAAUAUACGUGUAGUGAUUAGUUGUGUAUACUUAAUAUAGAUUUUUAUAAAUUUAAAAGUCAACGUAACGAUUUAUAUACAUCCUGAAAAAAACUUGUGUUCUUUUGGACAAAUCAGUAUGCAUUGUAAUAUGAAAAAAGGCCUAUAUUUUCACAGAUGUAUCGUUUAACAACUGAUUGUUUUCAAAUUAAGUGUUGCCAUGGCUUUGUACAUUUAAAUUGUUCAGAUCAGGUCAUGUUUUCAUAUAAUACCCGUAUUUGAGUGGGUCAGUAUUGAGUGCAAUAUUUUAAAUGCUCAAACCGUUCGUAAAACAUCUGGCAGUCU